AUGGAGAAUGGAUCGCUUAGAGAAACGGAACAUACAAGUGAUUAUAAUGAAGUGUCAACACCAAAGCUUCAAGAACAAAUGGACAAGGCUACUGACAACCAGGAGCGGCAACUUGAUGCUGUUUAUUCAGGUGUGCAAAGACUUCGUAUGGCAGCUAACGCCACGAAUGAAGAAGUGAUUUCGCAAAAUGCUAUGCUUGAACAUGUGAGUGUGCAGAUUAGUGACACGGAAGAGGCUGUACAGGAACAAACAAUAGCAGCACGUAAAGUUGUCAGUGCACAUCGCAAACUCUUUUGCUACUAUGUGAUCAUCUUUGUACUAGCAGCGGCACUGCUUGUCGUGAUUUUUAUUUAG